AUGGUCUGGUCUGAUCUCCCAAUAGAUCUCCUCCGUCGCAUCUCCUCACACUUGUCCAUUGUAGACUUAGUUCGAUUAUCAGUUGUUUGCAGCUCAUGGAAUUUCACUCAUGCCAACUAUGCACUCCUUGGAUUUCAAUGUCGUCCCUCUCCAUGGUUGCUCCUUUCCAAUGAUGUCGGAGAGGCCUCCAACACACUCAACUUUCGCGAACUUACCAUAGAAGGAGAAGAAGCUGUCGUCAGUUUCCAACGUUGCUUCUCUUCCAUUGGUAACCACAUCGAGGGUCGUCGUUGUUUUGGCUCCAAUGAUGGAUGGCUUGUGACCCUUGAUACAAUGAAUCUACAACCUCGCCUGUUCAACCCUAUCACAAAGGCUGAAAUAUGGCUCCCAUCCCUUUACGAAUUUAUCAUGCCACAAAUUUCCCCUGAUGGAUCCUUCAGGAAUUCUUGCAAAGAAAAUUUCUUUGACAUUACGUCUGAUGACUUACGCGACAUAUAUUUUCAUAAGUUUGUUGUCUCCUCUAAUGACACCUCUGGAACUGUUGUUGUUAUCUAUGGCAUUACAAAAGCGCUUGCUUUGGCAUGCUCAGAAGAUCUAACUUGGGUUGAUGGACCACAAUUAUCACCUUACAACACGGAGGAUGAGGAGCAGUUUGAGGAUGUUUGCUAUAAUAAAGAAAAUCAAACAUUUUAUGCAAUUACAAAUUUUUCUAUGGUGCUUGCUUUUGACCUCAAUGGACAAAAUGUUGAAUUGAUCUGCCCGAAUGGACCCAAUCCAUACUAUCGCACCAGAAACUUUGAUUGUAUGUACUAUAUUGCUUUUAUGUCAGGAACUCUUCUAAGAAUAGAGAGAGUGAUUGAUAUUACUCCUAAUAGGAACCAUAAUGCGACAACGAUGACUAUUUUUGUUUUCAAGUUUGAGCCUAUUGUUGUUACUUCUUGUUCUUCUUCUUCUCACUCUCAAUGGAUCUCUGUCAAUGAGCUAGGGGAAUACUCCAUUUUUGUUGGUUGUAAUCAGACAUUUUCUUUGCAUCACACAGUUGCUACUGGAAUUAAACCAAACUGCAUAUAUUUCGCCGAUCAUUGGAGAAACAUGUUGCCAGGUUAUGUUGAUUGUGAUGUUGGAGUUUUUGAUCUUUACAAUGAUCGCAUUCAAUAUAUCCUUCACCCUUAUACACGGACUAAUUGGCCGCCAUCAAUCUGGUUUACACCAUCAUUUUCAUAA